CACUAUUGCUUCACUCUCAGCGCUCACAGGGCCGGCAGGCUGUGAAGACCACAGACACUGUCUGGUUACGAGAGGAACCUGGUUCCCUCUGGACGAUGCAUGACUGUCUGGCCAACAGAAGUUAGUACCAGACUUUCUAUUGUUCAACUGCAAAUGAGGAGUCUCCCUCACCCUGCACCCCACUCGGUGUCACUGGACUAGCAAUGUCGUCAGCACAUGACACACACUCUUGAUCAAGACCUUCAGGGCAGUUUCAUCCACAUUGUAGCUGACACUACUCAGCUGCAGACAUGAACAACCAAGGUGUGACUUAUGCGGAACUCCAUCAUGCUAAGGGCUCAAAAAGACAGCAAGUGCAACCUAAGGGCACAAAAAGUUCCAUUUCAGUAACUGAGGAGGAGAUAGCCUAUGCAGAAUUGAAUCUGCAAAAUGCUUCUCGGGACCUUCAAGGGAAUGGCAAGAACUCUCCCUGCAAAGGCAUCCUUUCUCAGUGUUUGCAUUUGUCUUCCUACUACUCACCUGCAUGUCCAGAGAAGCUCAUUGCUAGUAUCUUGGGAAUCCUAUGCCUCGUCUUGAUGUCCACUGUGGUAACAAUAGCUUAUAUUCCCUCUACUGAAGGACCAGAGCAGAACAAAACAUCCCUGGAAACGACAAUCCAGAAAGCAUGUCUCUGUUGUCAUUGUCUGAAAGAGUGGUUUACGUAUUCCAACAAUUGCUAUUACAUUAGCACUGAGAGAAAAUCAUGGAAGGAGAGUUUGACAUCCUGUACUUCUAAGAACUCUAACCUGCUCUACUAUGAUGAUGAAGAGGACAAGUUUUUGUUGAAUUUAUUCUCCGCUACUACAUGGGUUAGAGGCUCCCAGAGAAGAAAUCAUAGUUCAUCUGUGCAGCCAAAAGCCUUAACAUUUUCUUCCGAAGUGUUGUCAGUAUCUUCAGAGAGUGACAAGAAUUGUCCGUAUUUCGAUUUUUUUGCAAAAAAAACUUAUUUUGCACCCUGCUCAGUAAUAAGACCAUAUGUUUGUAAGCACCAGGCAUUUUAGUUACCUCGUUUUGGUAUAAUGUUAUUUCACCAUUUAUAAAGAAUACAUCUCUCAUUAUUUCAAAACCCAUAUGAUUAUUUUCUUUGCAUAUUUUUAAGAUAAUAUUUUUAGUGUAAUUUUAGGCUCACAACAAAAUUAAGAAGAAGCUCCUGAGAUUUCCUGGAUUGUCCCUGUCUGCACAUGUGCAUGGCCUCUCCCAUUAUCAACAUCACUCACUAGAAUGUUUCAUUUCUUAUCAAGGAUGAAUCUGCAUCAAUGCAUAUAUAUCACCCAAAGACCAAGAGUACUUGAGGCUUCAUUCUUGGUGAUAUGGAACUGUUCUCAAAUUUAAUUAUAUUAGUGUAAAAAAAUAUAUACUCGGUAUAUAUUAUUUAUUCUUUAUGCUUUGCUAUUUAGUUGAAUAAAAUAUAUAUUAAUUACAAAUCAUAACAUUAGUGUAAAAUUCUCAAUACAGUGAAUAAUCCCAUUUAUAUUUCCAAAUUAUCUGAUUUGUUCUAGCCCUUUAAGGGCCUCAAAUGAGGAUUGAACACUCCAGGGUGACAAGGGUAUGAGUCAGAAUUGAGUCAGGAGACAGAAACAAGGAAGGAAGUUGAGGUAAACAAUUAUUAUCUACUUGUAAAGGAAAGUUUACUAAGAGGAAAGGCUACUAAGUUCAAUAAAAUUACAAAGAAUAUCUUAGAAUUAAAGGAGGGAUCACUGGGAAGCCAGGUCUGCUCUCUGAAAAUGGGAUUUAGAUGUCAUCGAGGACGAUGUGGCUACACACAGCUUCAUGGCAGACAUGCUCACUGGAUUGUUCUGGGGCAGGGCAGCUCCACACUCGACGGGCUGAACUUGGUGAAAAUGGAUCUCAGGCUGUGACUGGCAAACAGGAAGAACUCCCUGUCAGAACAGCAGGAGGAAAGACCGGAAGACAAGAAACUGACGGACUGGCUACAGAAAGUUGCUGGAGGACCAGUACACAGACUUCUUGUAGGACUGCAACUGGCAACCAAGCCAUGGUGGCCAAAGGAGAGACAACACCAUGAAGCCAGGAAGAAGAGCCCUUUCUGCUGUACUGGCUCUCCAUUGUCUCUUACCGACAAAAGUCAACUUCAUGUGAGAUGACCAGAGGGAAAAUGGAUAGGAUCUUGCACCAUUAUUGACAACAGGGCAGUGAGGGUGGAUUUGGAGCUGAGAGUACUAAAUGAAUGGCCCCU